AUGAAGCUUUUCUCCUUUUUCGCCUUUUCCGCGAGUUUUGUGGAAGCAGAGAGAUGCCCAGAAGAGCAGUGGAUGGAGGAUCAAGCGAUUGCAUGCUCAAAUGGAGCUGAAAGUGGAUCCCUUUGCUUGCGAUUUUGCAAUGGAAGGAUGGAAAGAUCAAAAGUCAUCCAGUGCAGAUGCUAUGGCGAGAACAACUGCUCCUGGCAAGGGCCAAAGCCGGAUUGUUUCAAAGUCGACCAGCCGGCCAAUCUAUUCCUCCCAAAGAAGACGACAACAAAGACAACCACGACCACAUCCAGUACGACAUCGACUUCAACCACAACUUCAACGACUCCUCCAAGGAAAACAACGAGGAGAACCACUCCUCAGCCUACUACUUUAUUCGAAUUUUCGACAGCAACAACAGCUCUCCUUUCAAAAGAGCAACGAAAAGCUCUGAAAAAAGCACGAAAAGCUGCUGAGCGAAAAAAGGCCCGACAAGAAGCAAAGAAAUUCAAUCAUUUCUCUACUGUAAUCGCUUCAGCCCCAACAGUACCAACUGUUCCAUUUUUUGAUCCCGAAGCAGCGCCAAUUCAGCAAGGAUUUGUGAAUCCACUUGCUAGACAGAACCGAAUGAAUCCAACAAACGACGGAAGAAGCGACUACAGAAGAAACAACAGCGACCGAAGUAACAUCUCAUCAAAUGGAUCGCCAUGCAAAGCAACUUGCCAACAAAGAAAAACGCAUCCGGCAGCGCUUUCACGAGCAACUUUUGGCAAAAAGAAGAAAUUCGAGAUUCAAAAAAUCGCCGAAGCAAACUUCCGACAAGAUUCUUACGGCUUCCAAGACUAUGAGGCAGAAGAAGAGCCAGUUAUGUUCCUCGAGAGCGAAACGCUAGAAAGUUUUCUCGCUGAUACCGAGCGGGUACUCAACAUGACCCAAACCACUCGAGAUGCAUGUCCCUUACAAACCAACUCCAUGGUCGAGUGUUCUUACGAUAAUGCCGAUGGCUCAAUUUGCGUGAGAAAGGAUUGCAAGAACAGCUCAGUCAGCUCUUGCAAUUGCAUCAAUGGUUAUUGCAGCUGGAGCGUCGGGGAACCUAUAUGCCAGUCUUGGGGAAGCGGGUGUUUUAAUGGAAGCUGCGAAAGUUGCGAUAAAGAAGAUUGGUUGACGGAUGAAAAUUUUAUCUGCUCACACCUCAACUUUCACGGAAGCAAGUGUUAUCGAUCGGACUGCAGUUCAACAACUGGCUUUACCACGAUUGCCGAGUGCGAGUGCGAGGGCAACUUCUGCGAAUGGACCAAAAACCUUCCUGCAAAAACUUUUCGCGCUUUAAUAAACUCUCGUUUUAUUCUCUAA